GUGAUUGGCAAAGCGAAUUUGCUGGUCGAUCUCUAUUCCAGCUCUCAGACUUACAGUCAUCGCCAUCGUUGUCGUUGUCGUCGUCGUCGUAGUCGUUGUCAUCGUCAAAUUUUUCUUGUUGUUACUGAUCAUAGCGAAAGGUAUACCCAAAUAGGCGCUCCAGAACUUGCCUUAUCGUUUUCGUUUACAGCAUACCCGAAUUUCACCAUGUCUCACGCGUCCUAUUCUUCUCACUCCCAAUCCAUCAUGACCGAAGACGAAGAAGAUUGGGAGGACUACGUCAAGGGAGGCUACCAUCCUGUUCACAUCGGUGACUCUUUUUCAGACGGCAGGUAUAUUGUGGUCAGGAAACUCGGUUGGGGCCAUUUCUCAACAGUAUGGCUCGCCAAAGACACAAAAAUGAAUCGACAUGUCGCACUCAAAAUUGUAAAGUCCGCGCCGAGGUACACUGAGACCGCUCUCGAUGAGAUCAAACUACUUCAACGUUUGAUCACAUCUAACUCUCCUCCUGUUGCCCCAUCCCCUGAUAAUCCCAAUCCUCCCUCAUCCCAUGCCCACACACAUCCCGGUCGAUCGCAUGUUAUGUCAUUCUUGGAUCACUUCCGACAUAAAGGUCCCAACGGCACUCACGUGUGCAUGGUUUCUGAAGUCCUGGGUGAAAAUCUCCUCGGCCUCAUCAAACGACAUCAAAACAAGGGCGUGCCCAUGCACCUUGUCAAGCAGAUUGCGAAACAGGUCCUCCUAGGUUUGGAUUACAUGCACCGUUGCUGUGGCAUAAUUCACACCGACCUGAAGCCUGAAAAUGUUCUUAUAAGUAUCGAUGACGUCGAAUCUAUCAUCCAGAAUGAGGUUGCCGCGUCAGCAAAUGCCACAUCACCACCCACCCGACUCGUUGGCGUACCGCCUUCCAAAGGUCGUGGGGGCAACCAGACACCUCGCUCCGAAUCCGUUUUCAUCACCGGAUCUCAGCCCCUACCGUCCCCAUCCUCGUCGUUCGGCAGUAGCCCUAUGUUCGACAAGCUUGCAUUCGGUAUGAGCAAAAUCGAUGGCGAGGCCACCUCCAAGCCCGGAUCUUACGGAUCUAGUUCGGUGGCAAAGGACGGAUCUGCUGGAUCUGCUGCAGCAACAGGGUUGGGCCUCAUGGACGUAUCUUCCAAGCGCGCAGACUCAACAGAGGUGACUGCAGAGCGUAUCUCAAAUGUCUCACUUCAUCCAUCCGGGUUCAACAAGACAACAACACCUCACCCUGCCCAUCCUCCAGGGCCUUCGCUACUGACACAAAUGGCCCCCUCCCAUCCCCCAGUCACAACAUCUUCUCAGCCACACGCUGUUUCGAGUUCCAAAGCAUCCGUGGAACCUAAUGCUGUCGAUCCAAAGCUUUCCAGUUCUGUCAUGUCUAUGGAUUCGGUACUGGCAGAGACAUCUACAACGUCUAGCUUGCUCGAGAGUACCGCGAAGAUCACAGUUAAAAUUGCGGACCUUGGGAACGCUACCUGGGUCGAGCACCACUUUACAGAUGAUAUUCAGACGCGGCAAUACCGUUGCCCGGAGGUCAUCCUUGGCGCUAAGUGGGGGACUAGUGCGGAUGUGUGGAGUAUUGCGUGUUUGGUAUUCGAACUUAUUACCGGGGGAGACUAUCUCUUUGAUCCCGCACCAGGCCCACGGUACAGCAAAGAUGAUGACCACAUCGCUCAGAUCAUAGAGCUGCUGAGAGAAAUCCCGAGAUCAGUCGCGUUUUCAGGAAAGUAUAGUUCGGAGUUCUUCAAUCGGAAAGGUGAACUUCGACAUAUCAACAAGCUCCGGUUUUGGCCUCUUGAAGCGGUACUGCACGACAAAUACCUCUUCCCUAAGGACGAAGCUGAUGCUAUUUCUGCAUUCCUCACCCCGAUGCUCCAAUUGCAACCCGAGCGCCGUGCAAAAGCCUUUGAGCUUGUACAUCACACAUGGCUCGACGGUAUAACGGUGCAGGGCGAGAUCGAUGUCAUCCGACGGGCCGAAGAAGAAGAGGCUGCAAAACGCAAGUCUUCACAGCAAAUUGUACUUGAUGCCGAUGAGGUAGAUGCCAUGAAGCCGGUCGGGGAGGCGGGUAACGGAAGCGAUGAUGGCACAGUGCAGCGGCAAUCGGCACCACCGCAUCAAGCGCCCAUACUAUCUCCACCUCCCGUCCCGUCAUCCUCCACCGCCAAGGAGAAUGCGAAUGCCCCCUCGACAAAGCCAACACAUAAUCGGUAACCAUUUCCUGUUUUGUCCUGCACAUAAACACGUGCACCACUAUACCGUAGCACUUUUUUUCCCCAUCUCUUAACAUCAUAUUGUGUUGCUAUCUCAGUCUCCUGUCUGUACCCAUAGACCGCGACGCGUUGAACAUUAGUACUUAGCUACCCUGCUGUUUGGGUGUCCUUGUUUGCGUAGAGUUUCUAUACCAAGAAAUGUAGUAAGUAGAGUAUGCAGCCGCAGUUCACAGAGUAGAUGAAGGUUGACCUGUAUGGCUAAUGAAGUAGUUUGAUUGCUUUUGA